UCCCUUUCCCCGAGCUCCUCCAUUUCUCGGAAACCUCGCCUGAGGAGCGGCUCCCGCGCUGGGCCCGGCCCGGGCAUCGGGCCAAGGAACCGCUGCUGCCCUGAACCGGCGGGAGCUCGGGGGCCUGACUAUAUUUUGGAUGGGAUUUUUGACGAAUCUUCCUGUUUGGGGAGAUUUUCAUCUGUCUCUUGAGAUUUCGAGAAUUUUUGGUUUGAACCUGGUGUUUUGGAGGCUCUUACAUACACAAGAUUGCCAAUGAUUUCCUGAUGUGCACUUGGGCAAGGACAAUCCCCCAGCCCAAGUUGCUCUCCUCUUGUUUUUUCCCUAUCCCAGGAUUUUUCAUUUCCGGGUUGCGGGGGAAUGGAGCAGGAGGAAAAGUCCCAAAGAUCCCUCAUGAGGAGGAGCUGUAAACCCAACGCAGGGAGCUGUGAGGAGGAAAGACUCUCCCUGAGCCGGGAAGGCGGCCAGAGAUCCAGCCCGAGCUCAGAGCUGGAGCACCUUCAUGGAGGGGAGAAGCCCCACAAGUGCUUGGAAUGUGGGAAGGGUUUCAGGUACAAUUGUGAGCUGAUCCGGCACCAGAGUAUCUACACUGGGGAGAAGCCCUACGAGUGUGGGGAAUGUGGGAAGGGUUUCAGUCACAGCUCCAGCCUGAUCCGGCACCAGAGGAUCCACGCUGGGGACAAGCCUCAUGAGUGUGGGGAAUGUGGGAAGGGUUUCAUCCGGAGCUCCCAUCUGAUUCAGCACCAGAGGAUCCACACUGGGGAGAAGCCCUACGAGUGUGGGGAGUGUGAGAAGAGAUUCAGAGACAGCUCCAGCCUGAUCCAGCACCAGAGGAUCCACAGUGGUGAAAAGCCCUACGAGUGUGGGAAAUGUGGGAAGAGUUUCUGGACAAUGUCUGAUCUGACACAGCACCAGGUUAUUCACACUGGGGAACGGCCCUACACCUGCUUGGAAUGUAGGAAGAGCUUUGGGUGGAUGUCCAGCCUGAGAAGACACCAGCGCAUCCACACCGGGGAGAGGCCCUACGAGUGUCCUGUGUGUGGGAAGAGGUUUCAGACCAGCUCCAAUCUCCUUCUACAUGAGCGGAUUCACACAGAGGAGAGGCCCUUCCGCUGCGCUGAAUGUGGGAAGGGAUUCAAGCACAACUGCACCCUCAUUCUGCGCCAGCGCAUCCACACUGGGGAGAGGCCCUACAAGUGUUCUGAGUGUGGAAAGAGCUUCUCAGACAGCUCAAACUGAACAAACACCAGUGGAGACAGCACUAAGGGAAGCCCUGUGAGUGCCCCGAGUAUGGGAGGAGCUUCGUGCUCUGCUCCAGCUCCAUCUCCCAUGAGAGGAUCAGUGUUGGGCAAAGCCCUGGUGAUCCAUGGUCCUGGUGGUCCAUGUUGGGAAGACACCUGGCUAUGGCUGCUCUGCAUCAUCCUGUCUCCCUAUGGGCACCUGGAUUUACGCAGAGGCAGGAACAUCCAUUGGGAUUCAAAGUGACAAUGGGAAUUCGUUGGGGAGAUUGGAUUUGUUGGCUUUCAACACCAGAAAAUCUUCUGUGUUCUGUCCUGUCUUCUGUGUGCAUCCAGAUGCUGUGAAUGGUCUAGGAGGUCUUUUCCAACCUCAGUGAUCUGACAUUUUUGUUUUUCUAUUACUAAAGGGUGUCCUAUUCAGGAAAAUGGUGAUGGACUGGGGCAACGACCAAGAUUUUGGAGACAGUGGGGUGGAAACCCCUCCAGGAAAUGUUCUUCCAUUCCACCCUAGCACGUAGACAGCUGGCACAGACACAGAAAUUAUUUUCUUUUGGCCUUGAUUUGCUUUUGAUUUCUCUUCAUCCCUUUUAGACAUCCAACACUAAAAUAAAGAUACUGAAUUGAGGCAUGAGUGGGGACAUAGGGGGACGGAGACAUGGCGAGAGACAAACAGGGAGAGUGACUUGGGGACAAAUGGACAUGGAGGAGGAGGUAGCCUUUUGUGGGGACAUGGGCUAGGACGGAGAUGUGCGGGACAUUGACAGUAAUGGAAACAUGGUGAGGGGACAGCCAUGGGUGAGGACACAGUGGGACAUGGCCAGUGACAUGGCCACGGCCAGUGCCAUGGGGGGAGCAUGCAGGGGCUGUUAGAGAUGCUGUGUUUGAGGGAGUUAAGGGUUCCUUGGAGGGACUUGGGGCUUGCUGAGGGCUUUGGAGACCCCAGGCCGAGUGGCCCCAGCUCCCUGCCCUGGAGCCCCAGCUGGGCAUUGGGCUCCUGGAAGGGAAUGAACGUCCUUGUCCCCACAGGGGAAAUGACAGCACCUCCAGGGUGUCAGGGGCAGCUGAGAGGCCACAAGAGGGAGGUGAAAUCCAGACAGAGCUGUCCCGCUCCAAAACUGCACCCCAAAAAUCCCAAACCUCAGGCAUUUCUCCUAGGAAAAAGUGGCAAUGAAGUGCCUUUAUUUUGGGAUAGGGGUAUGGGACCUCCAGAGUAAGGAGGAGGGGUGUGGAGCUCCUGAAACCAAGCAUUUUGGACGGAGGUGGUGAGUUGGAAGGCAGUGGGGAAUAGGUGGAAGAGCAUGGGAAAAAGAAGCUGGGACAACCAUAGAGUGGGGGUGGGGGGGCUGGGAUUCCCAAAUUACAUUGGUAGGGGUCCCACUCCUCCCCCUUUCUAGUCCUGCCUCCUCUUCCUGUUCCUUUCCGACCCUUCUCCUGCUCAUUCCUUUGCCCUCCUCCUCCUUGUCCAUCCCUUCUCCUGCUCCCCCUGGGCCCACCACCCACCCUUGUCCCUCCGUUUUACCAACGUGUCAUCCCAUGAAAGGAGCUGGGAUGGAGCCAGGGCAGGUUGGGCUGGGGCAGCGCUGGGCUCUUGGCCAGGCCUGGGCACCCCCCAUGUGCCCCCUCCUCAGAUCCCCUUGGAGGCUUAGGGGGGACCUGGCACCUUUGGGGUUGGUGCAGUGCCGUGUUGGGGGUCAGGUUCCUCCAAAGGCCCCCCAGAGCAUGGUGAGAAUGGGGGAACAUGACCUUUCCUGAGGGUCCCCAUUCCCAAUCCAUGCCGGCACCCGUUCUGUUCCCCCAAAUCAUGGCUCCCCUGCAGGGUCCCUCCAACUCCUUCUCCACUGGCCCCCAACAAACAGGGCCAGACAAACUGAAGCUUUAUUUAGAAUACUGGGAGCAGCUGUUCGAGGGCAGAGUGACACUGGGCUGGGGGACCCCAGGGGGAGCACACACGUUCACCCAAGUCCUGCUGGUCCCCAGACAGGUGAGCUCCCAGCACCACCAGUACCACCAGUACGGCCCCAGCGCCGGGCAGUGCCACCAGCCCCGAAGCAGCCACGCUGUGCUGUGGAGGGGGACUCCUUGCUGCCCCACCCCAUGCAGCACUGGGAGCACCAUUCCGGACGAGUUCAAUGGCAUCAGUGGGCAGAUGACAUAAGAACUCAUGGAAGUGAGUCUACCACAAUCUGCUUAGAACAUCCAAAAUUGGUGGAAAUCAUCAGGAUUCUCCCAAAAAAGGGGCCACCUCUGCUCAUAAACUAACCAGGAAAUCCCCCAAAAGUGCCCCCAAAGUUUAUAACCCCCUAAAACUGGCGGAAAGCAC